CGCCUGUGUCACUUCAACCCCAAUUAUCACCAUGGCUUGGCAACCGAGUGGAGAGAACCUGAAGACUCUGGCACAAUGUCUGAAGGAUUCCCUGAGCGCCUUCAAUAAGGCCGCCCAGAAGCAGGCUGAAAUCAUGCUUAACCAAGCGAAAGCUUCACCCGAUAUCAACAACUACUUGGCCCUGAUCUUCUCGAGCUCGGAACCACCCCAGGAGUUUCCAGCGACCGCUGCAGAUUGGCAUGUUGUGCGCUGUGCCGCCGCUCUGAUGCUGAAGAACAACAUCAAGAACAACUACAACAAGAUUCCAGAACAGAGCUUGGCUCUUGUCAAGUUGGCUGUCCCCUUGGGGCUCCAGGAUAAGAACUCACAGAUCCGCAGUCAUGCAGGCACUCUUGCGACUGAGCUGAUCAACAAGGGAGGAAUCUACGGCUGGCCCGAGUUUCUGCCCGAGUUGCUCAAGACGUUGACCAAUGAGUCUGGUCAGGUAACGCCCGAGGCGCAAGAGGGAGCUAUGGCUGCCAUGGCAAAGAUCUGCGAAGACAAUGCGAAGAUGCUGGAAAGGGAACACAACGGCCAAAGGCCUAUCAACUUCCUCCUUCCAAAGCUUAUUCAGGCAACCAGGAGCGCGGUGCCCAAAGUUCGCGCCCAUGCUCUCACAGCCAUCAAUGUGUUCACCCCUAGGAAGUCGCAGGCCAUGCUGAACUCGAUAGAUGACCUUCUACAGCACCUCUUUGCUCUGGCUGAAGACCCCUCAAUCGAUGUCCGAAAACAGGUUUGCCGUGCUUUUGUGAACCUGGUGGAAACUCGUCCGGACAAGCUUCUGCCACAUAUCGAAGGCCUGGCCAAGUACAUCAUCGCUCAACAAAAGGGCGACGACGAGGAUCUUGCCACUGAGGCUGCCGAGUUCUGGCUGACUGUUGGAGAGCACGAUAACCUGUGGCGGGCCCUGGAACCGUACAUCACAGACAUCAUCCCCGUACUUUUGGAGUGCAUGGUCUACAGUCCCGAGGAUAUUGCCAUACUUGGAGGUGCUUCGGAUGAUGAGGAUGAAGAAGAUAGGGAGGAGGAUAUCAAGCCACAGUUCGCCAAGAAGAAGCUGACCCGUGCUGCUAACGGAAACACCGCGGCUGAUAUGGCGAAGAACGGAAACGCUUUCGAGAAGGUUGCAAGCAUGGAGGAAGACGACGACGACUUGGAAGAUGGCGAAAUUGACGACAGCGAAUCCGAGGGAGAUGAGAAUCCCGAUGAGAAGUGGACUCUCCGCAAGUGCUCAGCGGCGGCACUUGAUGUAUUUGCUCGCGACUUUGGCGGACCAGUCUUCACUUCUAUUCUACCAUAUUUGCAGAGCAACCUCAAGCACGCGGAUUGGUCUUACAGAGAAGCGGCUGUUCUCGCCCUUGGCGCUGUUGCUGAGGGCUGCAUGGACGUGGUCGUUCCCCACCUUCCAGAAUUGGUGCCUUAUCUUGUUAGUCUCCUCGACGACGAGGAGCCGGUGGUUCGCCAGAUUACCUGCUGGACCCUUGGCCGAUACUCUGCGUGGGCGGUCAGCCUUGUGGACCAGGCACAAAAGGAGAGAUAUUUCCUGCCUAUGAUGGACGGAAUUCUCAAGAAGAUGCUUGACAAGAACAAGAACGUUCAGGAGGCUGGUGCCUCUGCCAUGGCAAACCUAGAAGAGAAGGCAGGCAAGGCGCUCGAGCCUUACUGCGGACCCAUCAUCCAGCAAUACAUCCGGUGCUUCGGCAAGUACAAGGAUAAGAAUAUGUGGGUUCUCUACGACUGCGUUCAGACGCUGGCUGAGCACAUCGGCCCCGUCCUGGCUAGGCCUGAGCUUAGCAACCAGUUGAUGCCAGUCCUACUGGAUAGGUGGCAGAAGGUGGGUGAUGAGUCUCGGGAGCUUUUCCCCUUGCUCGAGUGCCUUUCCUACGUCGCUAUGGCCCUUGGCGAUGCCUUCACCCCUUACGCCGAGCCUAUUUUCGGUAGGUGUAUUCGAAUUAUUCAUCAAAACCUGGAGCAGGCCAUGAAGGCCAAGACCAACACCGAUCUUGAUCAACCUGAUGAGGAUUUCCUGGUCACCAGCCUCGAUCUUCUCAGUGCCAUCAUCCAGGCCCUAGACAACGACAAGGCUUCCAAGCUUGUUGCCAACGUCCAGCCAACCUUUUUUGAGCUGAUGGCUCUGUGCAUGGGGGAUCAAUCCGAUGCCAUUCAGCAAUCGGCAUACGCUCUUCUCGGCGAUUGUGCCAAGUACGUCUUUGAACAACUCAAGCCAUUCCUGCCCAACAUCAUGCCGGUUGUUAUCAAGCGCUUGGACAUGGACACUAUUCUGGACGAGGAGGUCGACAACAGCUUCAGCGUAGUCAACAAUGCCUGCUGGAGUGUCGGCGAGAUUGCUCUUCAGUACAAGGCAGGCAUGGCGCCAUUCGUGCCCCAGCUCAUUCAACGAUGUGUUGACAUCCUCUCCAACCCCAGGGUACCCGGAGGUGUCAGCGAAAAUGCCGCUAUUGCCUUGGGUAGGUUAGGACUUGACAACGCCGAACUUGUGGCCCCACACCUUGGCAAUUUCGCUGAGGAGUUCCUCGACACAAUGGACGAUGUUGAUCCUUCUGAAGAGAAAGCCACAGCGCUGCGUGGCUUCACUGAGAUGGUUACUCGCAACCCCCAGGCUAUGGAGAGCGUUCUACUGCAUUACUUCAGCACAAUUGCCAACUACCAGGAACUUAGCCUGCAGAAGCCCGUUUUGCUUGAGUUGCAUGAAGCCUUCCAGAACGUCAUCAAUGUCUACAAGCAAAUCAUUCCGGGAUUCGGCAACUUUCUCAUGCAAAUGGAAGCCAAGGACCUCGAGCUGCUCCAGAGGCUCUUCGCUCUCUGAGCUUGAGCUGAUCACUUGAGCCACCACAUCUCAACGAAGCCUGUACGCACACUAUACCUACUUUCAAGAAUUGUCCACUGUUUGGUCGUUACUGCAAAUAUAUCCAUGGUCUCCUUCCUCGAACAACCUUUUCUCCCUCAAUUACAAUGCCUAUAUGCAAGGGCCACGCCACGCAAAACAAUACAAUAUGACCCAAUGCCCUGAACAGCGUCAUGUCUUGGACAAAUAUACAUGCCAUUUGCAGUCCGCAGGAACAUCCAUCUUAUUUACUCCCAGGGUUAAGCUGCUCUGAUCUUGGGUGGUGCCAACCGACGAACGGGAUGACAUAAGUGUGGGUAACAAUUGACGCUUUGGAUUGUUGAGGUUUGUGAGGAAGUGAGUGGCCUGUGAAGUGUGACAGGCCGUCGAGACACAUGAAAUAUGUUCGGCGCGGUGCUCUACUCCAUGACUGGGUGAGGCAAGAUACAAGCUAAAAUGUGCAUGAUAAAGAUGAGUCUCCAGUCAGAAUGGUGUUUGAAGGAGAGCCAAAGAUAUAGUGCACAUCAAUGGCAAUGAGACGGAAACUGGUUCCGGUGAUGGGACACGAUACCGAAUUUUCGUUUGGAUUGGAAACAAAAGCUAUGGGACGACUCAGAGGGAUUUUGUAGGCAAGCAGGAAGCGUCGUCAAGGACCGGGCCUCACGAGAUGUGAGCAGAACUAUUGAACAUCAGCCUAUAUCAGGGUAUGAUAUGGCACUACAAAAGCAGUGAUAGGAAAGGACCGUGGCAGGGUACCGAGAAUGCUAUAGUAGGAGGGAUAUGUGUAAUGGGUGAUGAAGUUUACUUUAUUUAGACAGGUAGCUCAGUUAUAUUAGGUAGACAGCUAUGGAUAUGGCAAGUUUUGGGCAAGCAAAAAUGGC